UUUUGGCAGAAUCGUUUAAUCGAGGAUAGUAAGAGAAAAUGUCUACAUCAUUUCUGACCCGCGGACUGUCGUCAUUUCUGUUUAAAUCGUUUGCAAUCGGAUCGACCAGUGUGGCCGGUAGGACGGUAGGACAACCCAACCAAUCGUUGUUCCACUCCACCAGUAAUACCAUGCAGGAAGAUUCGAUGCAAUUCGAUGAAUUGCGCACGGUUGCCAGUGCUUGCAUUCAUCUGUUUGUGACCAUCGGUCUUACCGUGCUCUCGGUGAUCUAUACACUGCAACAGUGCGAUACCGAUACCACCUGUUCGUACUACUAUAUGUUGCUGUACCUGCGUGGAAUCUAUUGGGCAGCCAUCUACUUGAUCCACUUGUACAGUAAGAGUCGUCAUCAGGCUUUGAAGCGCGGUGGAUAUCAUUCGUUUGCCAGAAAGGUGCACCGCCACAAGAAGUCGAGCUUGCUGCUGGUGACGGCGUCUAACACGGUGCUGCUGCUCGUCCAUACCGUCAUGGGCCAUGUCUACCGUGGAGCCUUCCUUCAGCAGUGUUUCACGCAGGGUUUUUCGUCUGUAGUGUUUGUGGCGUUCUUUACCUUGUUCGAAUCUUUGAUCCUCAUUCCGAUACAGCUGUCCUACAUUGUCCAUGUCCGUGUGUUCAACCUGACCCGACCGGCUCCGGAUGUGCUUGUGAAGGAGGAGGCGCUCAUAAUGGAAAUUUCUCCUACCGAAGAUUAUAGCGUCGACGAAAGCUUCAAGAGCGUCACCGAUAGAAAGGAAUUCAUUCAACUUCAAUCGGUUCUGAUCCGCAACCUGAAGCAUCAGAACAAUCAGCUUCGCGCCAAAAUACGUGACAUACGCGAAACGGUCGAGAUUAUGGCGGACAAUCAAUCGCUAAACUACUCGCUGGCAGAGCAGUCGCUUAUUGGAGUUUAAUAUCGGUGAAUAAUGUUACCGGUU